AUGGGAAAGAACUUGCGUCACAAAGUGACUUGCUCCCCAAUCCAAAACCAUCCUGGAUUCAUGUGGGGACUAUUCGACAUUCUUAAACACAACCAUUGGCGUUAUAUCAAGAAACGACUUCCUCACAAAAGACCCGUUGUCAGAAGAAAUGCUGCCGGAACACAGAACGAAGUAAACAACACAAUACCAUCACCCGGUCGCACUCCCCCUUCUAAGAGCAAUGUGGAAGACAAAACCAAUGUAGACUCUGGACAAAGACCAAAGAAGCCUAGUUCUGCAGUGAAGUCCAAAGAGUCUAACUCAGGGGAGAAAACAAAAAAGCAGCAUAAUUCAGAAGAGAGGUCGAGGAGAACACAUUCAGAAAUCAAAAGAUCAGUGAAAGCUUUAAUUAAGACACUUGUAAUAGAAGACAAAUCUAAGAGGAAAGGUCGUCAUCACCGAAGCUCUACUUAUCCUGUACAGAACCCAAAAGAGAAAGAGUUACUGAAUGAGGUCGAAUCUUCAGACAAGAACUCCUCAAACAGCGACGACCGUAACCGAGUCUUUAGCAAGACAGUUGGCAUUUCACCGGCGAUCGGUUCCUUGAACCCACUUUAUCUCAUGUCCGAAGAAUCAAGCAACAGUGACUGCGAAGAGUUUAGGGUAGAGAACAACACAGUUGAUGAUACUGAUGAAAACAAAUCAGAUUUUGAUGAAAGCGAUACCAAGAAGAAGGAGAAGAAGAAGGACGAGGAGGAAGCUUGGUUUGAUCCAAAGCUGAGACAUAACAAGGACUUCUCAGAGAAUGAAGAUGAUACAUCGCCUAGACGUUCAAAAGCAUGUCUUGAUGCUCUCAAUCUGAUACACAUGAACAGAAACUUCUUGUUAAAAGUUUUGCAGGAUCCUGGUUCUCCGCUAGCUCGCCAUUUCCAGAGCCAACAAGCUUUUAGCUCCAAGACAAUGACUAAAGCUGGAUCCUUUCCUACUCGUGGCAGCAACAGAGAGGAUCAUAACAAUGGUUUUGACUCUGUGGGAGAUAUCGAUAGAAAACCGACUUCUCCUUCCAUAGCUGCAGAGCACAGAGCAAAUGGGGUUCAGAAGUUAAAUGAAUCAAUGGCGAAAUCGGCUGAUGAAGACUCAUCUGAUUCUGGUUACACGAGGAAGCGAGGGAAGAACCAAGUGGUGAUCAAACGUUUCAAGGAUCUAAGACAGAAGAUAAAGCAUGUGAUUAACGAGAACAAGAACGAGAAACACCGUAUCACGAUGGAUGCUGUUUUGGACAAGGUGCCUCGAAAGCACGGGUUUUCGAAAGAUUUGAGAGACGACAUUUUCACUCACUUGAAAGGAAACUCUGCUUCUAAGAACAACAAAGCAGAAGGAGCUAAACUGAAGCAGAUAACAAGAACUUCUUCGCUGUGUGGAUCUCUUGAUAGGUAUCUUCAGCUGUAUGAGAGUAGCGUCCAGAGAGAAUCGAAGAACAGAGAUACUUCAGAGAAGUCAAAGAUGGAGUUUGAGGAAUCGGUUUUGCCUUCUAAGAGAGUUCCUAAGUUCUUGGGAAGGAUUCUCUCGUCUCCUGAAAUGCAGUCUCCUUAUUCUUUCAAGAUUGAGGACCUUACAGGCCAAUUCACUACUUCAAGUAGAUCAAUCGAGCAAGUAAAAGAUGGUUUGGACGACAUUUCAGAGGUCUCAGAAGAUCACUCUCAGUCUUCAGAACAUGAAUUGCCUGAGAUUAUAGAGACUUCGAUGAUUGAGACAGAACAAGACAGAGAGAUCUCUACGCUUGAUGCUGAACCUGAAACAAAAUCUUUGAAAGAAUCAUCAGAAGACAGUCCUACUUUUGAUGAAAAUGCUUCUGAAACUCACAUGCCACGAGAUUUGGAGACACAACACGAUCCAGACGCAGAGACUGUUUCAAGAAGUAAACAACUAGAAAGCGUAACAGCAGCAGCCAUAGACGAAGUUCUCCAGAUAGAAGCACAAGAUAAGUUGAAGUUCAACUAUGUAAGAGACAUUCUCGAGAUCUCUGGUUUCAACGCACCUGAAUCGCUCUCAAUGUGGCAAUUAGAUUACCAGCCGCUAGAUCCAUUAGUCUACGAAGAAGUGACAACAACAACAGGAUGUAUGAUCCAAGAUCCAGAGUGUUCGAGAAACGAAGAAGAAGGCGGUAACUGCAACCACUUGCUUCUCUUCGAUCUAAUCAACGAGGUACUAAUCGAAAUAUACGAAAGGUCUUACCAUUACUGUCCCAAACCUUUGUCAUCCCUAUGUAGAAUCCAUCCAAUGCCAGUGGGUUAUAGUGUUUUGAAAGAAGUUUGGGUUAGGAUAAGCCGUUACUUGCGUUACAAGCCACACGACGAGCAUUCGUUUGAUCAGAUUAUGAGUAGGGAUUUGUCGAGAGACGAUGGAUGGAUGGAUUUGCAGUUUGAGAGUGAAUGUGUUGGGAUCGAACUUGAGGAUUUGAUCUUCGAGGAUCUUCUAGAGGAGAUGCUUGUAUUGGAUUAA